AUGAGCAACUCCAGUCCGGACAUCAACAUCAGUGAGAUCACGGCCCCCACCAAGGUGAUGGGGGGCCCCACCACCCCACGACGAGGACCCCUAAAGUUCAAACAGAGGAUGGCCCCCAAGUUCAAGAGCAAACCCCCCAAGAAGGGAGUCAAAGGGUUUGGGGACGACAUCCCUGGAAUGGAUGGGCUUGGCACUGAUUUUACAGUCGUGUGUCCCUGGGAAGCUUUCAGCCACCUGGAGCUCCACGAACUGGCCCAGUACGGGAUCAUUUAA